GUGCUCGCCUGUGAUUGGUCCGUCGUUAUGAACGAGGUGGGUCUAUGUUCACCAUGUAAGCUACUGUUGAAAUUCCUACGCUAACCAACUUUAGCCAGCAUGCUAACCUGCAAAUAAGCGAGUGUGGUUAAACUGCAUCCAUGGUGUCAUAAUGGACUUAAAUUGACCGGAGGAAUGCUGGGAUCCCUCAACGUGUGUGUCGCCGUAACUACAACCACAGCAUGUCCAGUUAGCUACAACGCGGCGAUUGGUGGAAAAGAUAACCUGGCAAGCUAGCCAGUCUUCCCGGGGUUUGGGAAGUGGCUCGAGUGGCUUCUUGAACAGCCUUCCUCGGCCGGGGGACAACCGAAGCGGAUGCUGUGAUUACGAUGAGUCCCGCCGGCUGUCCCCAUGUCAACUGCUUCAAAGUGGACAACUGGAAGCAGAACCUGAGGGUCAUUUAUCAGUGUUUCGUAUGGAGUGGUUCAGCCGAGACCAGGAAACGCAAGGCCAAGUCCUGCAUCUGCCACAUGUGCGGCGCACACCUCAGCAGACUUCACUCCUGCCUUUACUGUGUCUUCUUCGCCUGCUUUGCCAAAAAACACAUCCACGAGCAUGCCAAGAGCAAAAGGCAUAAUCUAGCUAUUGACCUGCUGUAUGGGGGAAUUUACUGCUUUAUGUGCCAAGACUACAUAUACGACAAAGACAUGGAACAGAUCGCCAAAGAGGAACAAAGAAAAGCCUGGAAAAUGCAAGGCAUAGGUGAGAAGUACUCCACAUGGGAGCCCACCAAGAGGGAGCUGGAGCUUCUUCGCCACAACCCCAAGAGGAGGAGAAUCACGUCCAACUGUACAAUUGGGCUGCGCGGUCUUAUCAACCUUGGAAACACCUGCUUCAUGAACUGCAUCGUCCAGGCGCUCACGCACACCCCGUUGUUGCGUGACUUCUUCCUGUCUGACCGACACAAAUGUGAAAUGCAGAGCAACUCCUGCUUAGUGUGUGAGAUGUCGCAACUCUUCCAGGAGUUUUACUCAGGCCAUCGUUCACCACACAUCCCGUUCCGUCUCCUCCACCUGGUGUGGACGCACGCUCGUCACCUCGCUGGCUACGAGCAGCAAGACGCGCACGAGUUCCUCAUUGCCGCGCUGGAUGUCCUACACAGACACUGCAAAGAUGACAAUGGGAAAAAAGCCAACAACCCAAACCAUUGCAACUGCAUUAUUGACCAAAUCUUCACAGGGGGCCUGCAAUCUGAUGUCACCUGUCAAGUGUGCCAUGGUGUCUCAACAACCAUCGACCCGUUCUGGGACAUCAGCCUGGACCUGCCAGGUUCCUCCACCCCCUUUUGGCCAUUAAGUCCCGGAGGAGAUGGAUCUACACUAAACGGAGAGAGUCACACCAAUGGAGCCACGACACUGACUGACUGUCUACGAAGGUUCACCAGACCAGAGCACCUCGGCAGCAGUGCGAAGAUCAAGUGCAGCGGUUGCCAUAGUUACCAAGAGUCGACCAAGCAACUGACCAUGAAAAAGUUGCCCAUUGUGGCCUGCUUUCACCUCAAAAGGUUUGAACACUCAGCCAAACUACGGAGAAAAAUCACAACAUACGUGUCUUUUCCUCUGGAGCUUGACAUGACUCCUUUUAUGGCUUCAAGUAAGGAGAGCAGGAUGAACGGCCAGUACCAGCAGACUGUGGAGCCCUUCAACAAUGACAACAAAUACAGCCUGUUUGCAGUAGUCAACCACCAGGGGACACUAGAGAGCGGCCAUUACACCACCUUCAUUAGGCAGCAUAAAGACCACUGGUUCAAAUGUGACGACGCCAUCAUCACCAAGGCCAGCAUCGAGGCAGUGCUUGACAGUGAAGGGUACCUUUUAUUUUACCAUAAACAGUUCCUGGAGUACGAAUGAUGCGCCUGAACAUCAUCCCAAUGCAUAUGAGCCCUGAAGCACUAUUGCAAGCUGAAAGUCAAGACACACCGAAGGACGCACUCCUUGUAAAUCUUCCAACCCAGUUUGGAUUGUCAGCAGCCUAUUAUGAUCAUUUUUGCCCCGAGAGAAGGUUUUAACCCCAAUGCACAUUGAGGACGGUUUACGCCACGCACGCAAACAUCCACACUGGGACAAGCUGCUUCUCUAGAAUCAAGGCUCAUUUGUUGCAGUUUUUUAAAGGCCAAUACAAUGACAAGCACAUCAUAUACAGGUACACACCUUCUCAAAUGACCAAAUAUUGCAUUAUGCAUUUUUCGCUGCACUGAGAAAAAAAAAAAUUCCUCACAAAAUGUAUGAUAAGCAUUUUAAGAAAGGUUGUUUAAUGUCUGUCACUACUUGUGAGUUUGGCGUCCUGUUAACAACAGGGGAAGCUUUGACAACACUUUAACCGAGUGUGUCGGGUGUUUCCGCGUUUAUUGCUGCUUCCAACUGUCGCAGGGCCGGACGUUGCUCAGUAAAUAUUAUAUUUUUAUAAAUACUGUAAUUGUAAAGGUUGGUUUACAGUUUUGCAUUCACUCUCACUUUGUCCGUCUGUGUUGCAUUGUGCUGUGUUAUUUUUCCAUACGCAAAAGAGCUAACUAACUUCACCCACUCUGGAAAAUGCUGCUAUGGCAGCUUUAAGUUUUGUUUGUAAAACUGUGUUUUUUUUUAAUAUACUGGUCCUGAGAAGUUUAUAGUCAUAUAUUCUUCAUGUUCACGGUAUGUGGUUGUAAUGUUGGUUCAGGUCAGUGCAAAUAAGAAAAUAUGGGAAGUGUCAUCCUCAGAAUAGUGUGAAAAGGGUCCUACAGUGUUAAUCUACGGCCGCAUGCUGCUUGAUUUUAGUGUGUGUGUUUGUUAAUGUGCACAAGAGACAGGGUGAAAUAAAUGCUCUUUGUCGGUUUGGUUGUAAAAGAGAAAAAAAAAAGUGUUACUGCGUAUAUAAAAGAAAGUGUGUUUGUGUUCAAGUUUGUAUGCACGUCUGGUGCGCGUGCGUAUGUGGUGUUUGUGUACUGAAUCAGUACUUGUGUUCAGCAUGCUGCCCAAGCUGACUAUUCAAUUAAUUUUUUUGUUUUUUUUCACAUGUUAAAGAUGUAAACCAUAUAUAUAUAUAUAUAUAUAUAUAUAUAUAUAUAUAUAUAGUAUGUAUGUAUGUAUAUAUAUACUUAUAUAUAUGUAUAUACUGUAUAUAUAUAUACAUAUAUAUAUGUAUAUAUAUGUGUGUAUAUAUGUAUGUGUAUAUAUAUAUAUGAUGUGUGUGUGUAUAUAUAUAUAUAUAUGUGUAUAUAUAUAUGAUGUGUGUAUAUAUAUAUAUAUGUGUAUAUAUAUGAUGUGUGUAUAUAUAUUAAUGUAUACAUAUAUAUAUAUAUAUAUAUAUAUAUAUAUGUAUGUAUGUAUGUAUGUAUGUAUGUAUGUACAGUUUGUAUGUACUAGACAAACGGUGAGAACUUCAAUAUUGACUUUUGUUCUUCUAUAUUGCUGGAUUCAGCCACGGAAGUUGUGCAUAAUCGUGUCUUAUGAAGUCAUUCCUCACGUACAAAAUGACUGCUGCAAAGACUGGACAGUGAUGGCGAGACACUUCAAUAAAGAAACAAAUAUAUAUAUAUCUGUAACACACUUUGUCUUGUUCUUUUACUGUUAUAAAAACUAUUUGGUUAAUUUUUUCAAUAUAUAAUUUGUUGUCAAUACAUUUUUUGUCAAUAAUUGAGAUAUGCAGGAUGCUCGAGAUGAGCUCAGCAACACUUAACCCUCAGAGGACAAAUGCUGACUUUUUAAUGUUAAAAUGUAUAUAAACCUCAACACCAGUGAAGUUGGCAAGUUGUGUAAAUUGUAAAUAAAAACAAAAUACAACGAUUUGCUAAUUCUUUUCAACAUAUAUUCAAUAGAGUAGACUGCAAAGACCUGAUACUUAACGAUCAAACUGGAAAACUUUGUUUUACAAAUAUUGCUCAUUUGGAAUUUGAUGCCUGCAACUUGUUGCAAAAAAGCUGGCACGGGUGGCAAAAAGACUGAGAGUUGAAGAAUGCUUUUCAAACAUUUAUUAGGAAAAUCCCUCAGGUGAACAGGCCAAUUGGGAACAGGUGGGUGCCAUGAUAUGGUAUAGAAGCAGCUUCAAUGACAUGCUAUGUCAUUCACUAACAAGGAUGGUGCGAGGGUCACCACUUUGUGAACAAAUGGGUGAGCAAAUUGUUGAACAGUUUAAGAACAAUAUUUCUCAACCAACUAUUGCAAGGAAUUUAGGGAUUUCACUAUCUAAGGUCUGUAAUAUCAGCAAAAGGUUCUUGGAUCCCUCAGGCGGUAGUGCAUCAAAAAGUGACAUCAGUGUGUAGAGGAUAAAACCACAUGGGCUCAGGGACACUUCAGAAAACCACUGUCAGUAACAACAGUUUGUCGCUACAACAGUAAGUGCAAGUUAAAACUCUACUAUGCAAAGCCAUUUAUCAUCAACACCCAGAAACACCACUGGCUUGGCUGGGCCCGAGCUCAUCUAAGAUGGACUGUUGCAAAGUGGAAAAGUGUUCUGUGGUCUGACGAAUCCACAUUUCAAAUUGUUUUUGGAAACUGGAUGUCGUGUCCUCUGGAACAAAGAGGAAAAUAACUAUUGUUCUAGGCGCAAAGUUCAAAAGCCAGCAUAUGUGUUGGUAUGGUGGUGUAUUAGUGCCCAAGGCAUGAAUAACUUACACAUCUGUGAAGGCACCAAUAAUGCUGAAAGGUGCAUACAGGUUUUGGAGCAACAUAUGUUGCCAUCGAAGCAAAGUUAUCAUGGAUGCACCUGCUUAUUUCAGCAAGACAAUGCCAAACCAUGUGUUACAGCAGCGUGGCUUCAUAGUAAAAGAAUGUGGGUACUUGACUGGCCUGCCUGUAGUCCAGACCUAAAAAAAAAAAAGGGGCACAUUACAAAGUGUAAAA